GUAUCGCAUAAUCUAUUGCUAAGAUUCAGCCAUUCUUGCAACUGGGUGUGUGUUCUUGGAUCAAAUAAUUAAGGUCAACCGCAUGAUCAAACUGCCAACAUCUUCCGGCCACGAUCAUGGUGAUAUGGGUUUGCUAAAAGAAAGUUGUUUCUUUAGGAAAGAAAAGGUUUUUGGUAAUUGGGAGGGAACUGUUUCAAACGUUCUUCAGCCAGCUUCAACAGUUCAAAUUCAAAUCUUGUCAAUAAAGGCUUGAGCAAUUAGACCAUAAGUUAAUGGAUAAUUUGUCGAAUUCCGAUGAUUAUGAUCUGGGUUAUCAGCCGUCGCCUUCUUCAGUGGAUCAAAACGAUCAAUCGACGUCGGAAACUCCCGGGCAUUCGACGAUGAGCGGCAGUCCUUUUGCAUACAGCAGGACUUUUUCUGAGACCUCUGCCUUUUCAGAGCCUAUAGAUGACAGUAGCUUUUCCAGUGGACCUUCUCCUUCUCCCUGGCCGGUAGCCAAAUCCAGAUCCCUUAGCAGACUAGCAAUGAAGCCCCACAAGCAAGCUGUCGACGAUCAUAAACUUGAUGAUCAUGAUGAAUCUACUGAUUCAGAACUUGAACUGAUGAAGGAAAGAUUUGCAAAGCUUCUGUUGGGGGAAGACAUGUCAGGAAGUGGGAAAGGUGUCUCCACUGCGGUUACUAUCUCAAAUGCCAUAACCAACCUUUAUGCAACCGUAUUUGGCCAAAACUUAAGGUUAGAGCCAAUGAAUACUGAGAAGAAGGCUUUGUGGAAAAGAGAAAUGGAUUGUCUUUUAUCCGUGUGUGAUUACAUUGUAGAAUUUAGCCCAACCUCGCAAGAUUUAGAUGACGGGACUAGUGUGGAGGUGAUGGCAAGUACACCAAGAUCGGAUAUUUAUAUUAACCUUCCUGCAUUGCAGAAGCUUGACAUGAUGCUCAUAGAAAUAUUGGAUAGUUUUGAAGAUACAGAGUUCUGGUAUGCGAAACAGGGGAGCAUGUCAGGAAAUUCAACUCGUUUAGGCUCAUUCCGGAAGGUUGCUCAAAGGAAAGAAGAGAAAUGGUGGUUGCCAGUUCCCUGUGUUUCCCCAGGUGGCCUCUCUGAGAAGGCAAGGAAGCACUUGCGACACAAACGUGACUGCGCCAAUCAAAUUCACAAAGCUGCCAUGGCCAUCAACAGUACUAUUCUUGCAGAAAUGGAAAUCCCAGACACGUACAUGGCAACUCUUCCAAAAAGUGGAAAAGCAUGUCUGGGUGAAACAAUUUACCGCUACAUGUGCACCGGAGACAAAUUCUUACCGGGCCAUCUUCUUGACUGUCUCAGUAUAACAUCCGAACAUGAAGCACUUGAACUUGCAGACAGGGUUGAAGCCUCAAUGUAUACAUGGAGGCGUAAAUCAUGUUUGAGCCAUUCAAAAUCAUCCUGGGACCUGGUAAAGGAUCUCAUGGCUGAAUCUGACAGGAGUGACAAAAAUCAUGUUCUAGCAGAGAGGGCAGAGAGCUUGCUGUUCUGCCUCAAGCAGAGGUAUCCUGAGCUGUCGCAGACAACCUUGGACACAAGCAAGAUUCAGUGCAAUAGGGAUGUUGGGAAAGCAAUACUGGAGAGCUACUCAAGGGUGUUGGAAGGCCUAGCAUUCAACAUUGUUGCUUGGAUUGAAGAUGUGCUUCACGUAGACAGAACGAUGAUAAAUGAAGAAUAAGAGGAGGAGAAGCUCUCCUCUAAGCUGAUCAUUUCAAAAUUUUUGCAGCAAACUUUCCAAGAAAAAAGAGGCAGUAGAUGAUCCUAGGAAGUUUUAACUGUAUUUGUACGAACUUGAAUUGUUAGCUGUAAUACGUAAAACAUCAUCUACAUCCAUUUAAUGAUUUUUAAGCAUAA